CUCCCAGGGGCCCCGGAUCUCGCCACCUGGCAGUCCAGUCCGCCUGUGACCUCUCCUGGGCACAGGCCUCCCUACCCCCAACUCCGCGCCCCGCAGUCACAAAGUAGCCGAAUGCGUGGGCCCGAGCGCGCCGGCCUGGCGCACCCCAUCCAGGGCUAGGGAGCCUAGCUAGGUCUUGCAGUCUGAGGGCCCGUCGGGUGCGUGAGCCCGGCGCCCCUGACUUUGGCAGGUGCCGAACCCCGCCGGCGGACUCUCUUACUAGAAGAAACGUGGCUCUCUCUAGGGCUCCGUACCGGGGUCGCCGGGCCGAAGAAAGCAAACGCUCUCAGUGAAGAAAAGGACCCAUCAGCCUCCGGCCCGGCGACGCCCGGGAAGGAAGAAAGAACGACCACCGCACCGCGCCCGGGAACACCCUGGAGGGAGAAGCCACCCGGCGGCCGGACGACCGCCCCGCUGCCGCGGAGACCCGAAGCUCUCCGGAGCCCAAGGCUGCCCGUCUCGCGUCACCUGCCACUGCCCUUGGCUUGUACUCUUGCAUCUGAGCUGAUUCGCCACCUGGGAGAGGACCAUGCAGCUGGAGAUCAAAGUGGCCCUGAACUUUAUCAUCUCCUACUUGUACAACAAGCUGCCCCGGCGCCGGGCAGACCUGUUUGGGGAGGAGCUUGAGCGGCUCCUGAAGAAGAAGUACGAAGGCCACUGGUACCCUGACAGGCCGCUGAAGGGCUCCGGCUUCCGCUGUGUUCACAUCGGGGAGACCGUGGACCCCGUGGUGGAGCUGGCCGCCAAGCGGAGCGGCCUGGCAGUGGAGGACGUGCGGGCCAACGUGCCCGAAGAACUGAGCGUCUGGAUUGACCCCUUUGAGGUGUCCUACCAGAUCGGCGAGAAGGGGGCCGUGAAAGUGCUGUACCUGGAUGACAGCGAGGGCUGCGCUGCACCAGAGCUGGACAAGGAGUUCAAGAGCAGCUUCAACCCUGACGCCCAGGUCUUUGUGCCCAUCGGCAGCCAGGACAGCUCCCUGUCCAACUCCCCGUCGCCAUCCUUCGGCCAGUCACCCAGCCCCACCUUCACCCCCCGCUCCGCCCAGCCCAUCACCUUCACCACCGCCUCCUUCGCUGCCACCAAGUUUGGCUCCACCAAGAUGAAGAAGGGGGGUGCGGCAGCAAGUGGCGGGGGCGUGGCGGGCGGCGCAAGUGGCCCGCAGCCUCCCCAGCAGCAGCCCCGCAUGGCCCGCUCUCCCACCAACAACCUGCUGAAGCACAAGAGCCUCUCUCUGUCUCUGCACUCACUGAACUUCAUCGCGGCCACCCCGGCCCCUCAGUCCCAGCUCUCCCCCAAUGCCAAGGAGUUCGUGUACAACGGCGGGGGCUCUCCCGGCCUCUUCUUUGACGGGGCCGACGGCGGGGGCAGUGGGGCCGGCACGUGCAACAGCAGUGGCUUCGACGUGGCCCAGGUGUUUGGAGGCGGCGCCAACAGCCUCUUCCUGGAGAAGACGCCCUUCGUGGAAGGCCUCAGCUACAACCUGAGCGCCAUGCAGUACCCCAGCCAGCCCUUCCAGCCCGUCGUGCUGGCCAACUGACCGCCCCCGCCGCGGGGCCGGGAGCGCCCAAGACCACAGAAAAGAGAAAGGAAAAGAAAGGCCAAAAAAAAGAGGAAAAGAAAAAUACACAAAAAGAUUUCCAGUCUUCUCACUCUGGCUUCUCAAAAAAAGAUCAGGUCCAGGCAUGGAGUGGGAGGGGGCUCCUGAAGCACCCAGCCAGUUUCACGCAGCCCCCUGCUGCUUUCCUGCAGCCUCUGAUUUAUUUGAUUGGUUUGGGUUUUUUUUUUUUUCUUUCUUUUUUUUUUCUUUUUUUUUACGUGUAGUUUUCUAUAUAACAUCUUUAAUUAGUGGCUUCCUGUGCUAAGAAUGGUCCAGAUGUGAAUUGCUGCUCCCUGCUCCCUCCCUCUCUCCCUCCCUCAUGCUGUUGAGGACUGGCGUGUCCUCGCUCACAGGGAAGGGAGAGCCGCAGCUGGGGCCUGACCCUGCCCAGAGCAGGGAGAGGCUGCCUUGUGUCACUGCCUCUGUCACCCAGCUGUCCUUUUACUCAAAGCCAUCCAACCUCAGAGGGCCUUCUUGGGCCCUGCCACCCAAAUAGGUCUGACCCCAGCCCUCACCCCCUCCCCCAGGCCUGAGACACGGGGAGCUGCUGACUGGCUACUUGAUGCCCUCCCACUAGGGCUGAUGUCCGUGACUCCAGGGAGGUUAGCACUCUGUCUGGUGGAACUGCUGUCAUCUCUGUCCUGUGGCCCCACGCCACCAUCCCCACCCAGCCCAGCCUAUCAUCGUGGCCCUGGACACCCAGCCGGUGACACAUGUGGCUUUUCAUGCAGCCCCUUCUUCCCCGGGGCCUGAGGUUGUGGGUCAGGAGGUGUGUGCGUGUGUGUGCGUGGUUUGCUGUCCUGUUCGAAAGGAUUCCAAGCCAUGUGAACACCCCCCACCCCACCCCACCCCCGGACAUAGUUCCAGGUUGCAGCAAGUGCUUAUUUACGUAGGAGGUUGGGGAAUGGGCCAGGCGGGUGGGGGGUCAGUUCUUUUGUAGGGUGGGUCACACGGUGUGGGGAGCCUGCAGCUGAGCCUAAGACACUCCCAGGGGAAAAUCCUGCAGAAGGAACCGGUUUCCAGACUGCGGAGGGAUCUGCACUUUUGUUUUUGACCAAAAAAAAAGAAAGAAAAAAAAAAGGGUUAGCUGUGAG